GCUGCUCCUUCGUGUGAAUCCCUAUCCCGGCGUUCGGUGUGCUGAACAUCGCCGAUGUGUAGUUUAUUGAGCAUUUAGCACCCCGUAUAUAAACAUUGCCGAUCCGAGCCACAAAAUGAUGCGGCUCGGGCUAUACCUUGCAGCGUCAUGGACGUUACUGUGUACCUACAGUGCAGCGACGCCAGAUAUCCACCGCCACAUGUCCACUGCCCAGCUGCAGGAAGUAUUUCACGUCGAUCAUGUCGACCUGGUGCCGCACUACGAGCUCGUCAAGCUGACGCACCACACAAACCAACCGUCGCUGGCGAGCGUCCGGCGGAAACGUAGCAUCGACGGUGGUACUGCCGCGUCCUCAUCGCCGAACGGUCUCGGCACGGUCCCGGAGGACCACCACCAGCACGUCAAAAAGGACCUCAGCAAGGUGCGUUUCAGCGAGAAGGCGAGCGAACUGACCGCCAAGCGGCCAGGACCAUUCAAAUCGCCAGCUCGCACGCCCGAAGAUGCUCCGGUUCCACUGGAGGCGGGUCCGAUCGUGGAUGCUGCCCUGGAGCCAUCGGAGCAGCCCAGCAUAGCGGACAUCGACGAGCACCGAGUGUCAUUCGAAGCGUUCGGCGAGAACGUUAACCUGACGCUCCGGAAGACGGAAGGGUUGCUGCGGAGCGGGCCACCGCACUCGCUGCGGAUGUGGAACGUACGGUCCGAUCCCAACUCGACGCAGGGGCUGGUCUACGAGGAGAUCCACGACGAGGACCCCGAGCCGGCCGACUCCUUCGGUGACAUCUAUCAGGACGAGGAGAAUAUGGCCGCAAUCCUCAUGCGCAAGCAUCUGGAAAGUGGAGACCUAAUGAUGGAGGGUAGUAUAGGUCAUGAACUAGUGAUAAAGCCAGUGCCAACCGAAAUCUCCCAGGAGGAGGAUGGAAGUGUUCAUCAUGUUAUUUAUAAGCGCAAGACACACAACGAAGAGCACAACGAUCAGUUUAGUGAUUACGCAUUCAUGGAACCGGACCGGCUUCAGAAGCGGUUUCGGUCGAAGCGCAGCCCACAGUCGUACUACAAGAGCUCGCGGGCCAUCGAUCGGACCAUCUACCCCGAGAUCCUGGUGAUCGUCGACUACGACGGCUACCGACUGCACGGCGGCGACAACGUGCAGGUCAAGCGCUACUUUGUCUCCUUCUGGAACGGUGUGGACCUACGGUACCGGCUGCUGAAGGGACCGAAGAUUCGCAUCAGCAUCGCCGGCAUCAUCAUCUCGCGGGGCCGAGACGCCACACCGUACCUGGAGCGGAAUCGGGUCGGGCGGGACGCGAUCGAUUCGGCGGCCGCCCUUACCGACAUGGGCAAGUACCUGUUCCGAGAGCGAAGGCUGCCGGUCUACGAUAUAGCCGUCGCCAUCACGAAACUAGAUAUGUGUAGAAGGCAAUAUGCAAAUGACGCGUGUAAUCGCGGUACCGCAGGAUUCGCCUACGUCGGUGGGGCGUGCGUGGUGAACAAGCGGCUGGAAAAGGUCAACAGUGUGGCCAUCAUCGAGGACACCGGUGGCUUCAGCGGUAUCAUUGUGGCCGCCCAUGAAGUUGGCCAUCUGCUGGGCGCAGUCCACGAUGGUUCGCCACCACCGAGCUACCUCGGGGGCCCGGGGGCCGAGAAGUGUCGCUGGGAGGAUGGGUACAUCAUGUCCGAUCUGCGGCACACCGAGCGAGGCUUCCGGUGGUCGCCGUGCAGUGUGCAGAGUUUCCACCAUUUCCUCAAUGGUGACACCGCCAGCUGCCUGCACAAUCCACCGCACGAGGACGAAGCGUUGGGUAGGGCCCUGCCCGGAACGCUCCUCUCGCUGGACGCCCAGUGCCGGCGGGAUCGCGGGACGUCAGCGUGCUUCAAGGACGAACGGGUCUGCGCGCAGCUGUUCUGCUUCGAUUCGGCCAGCGGCUACUGCGUUGCGUACCGGCCCGCCGCCGAAGGAUCCUCCUGCGGAGAUGGACAACACUGUCUCGACGGGAGAUGUGUUGCCGAGCACGAGAACAUUAUCCCGGACUACUCGCAACAUACUCCGUCGUACACGCGCUACAAUCAGCAGUCUGUGAAAUAUAACUACGACGACAAGUCAGAUCAGCAGGAAGAAUAUUAUGAACCGUCUAGCACGCCAACGACUACCACCUCCACCACCACCAGCACCACGACCACCACCACCAGCACCACCACCCCAGCACCGCCACCGGCGACGUCGACGACGAGGAACUACUACCAGUACUACAAUCACAAGUCCACGACUUUGGAUGAUGAGGAUAAGCGAUACAAAAACUUCAUGAAUGCCAUCAAACGGAAGCGAUUACAACACCUGAAGGAGCAGCUGGAGCUUCAGCAGCAACAACAGCUGCAACUGAUCAGCAACCAGCAAUGAGACUGGGCCGGGAUCGGGGAGGAAGCCUUCAGUGACCCUUAACAAAACCCUGUGUUCGACAGACAGACAACCGACCAAACAAGCAGCAAAAGAAACUCCUUUCGGCCGGCACCACCAAAAAAUCGGCCUGUGGCCUUCGGCUUUAAACUGCACAACACAACGAAUACUGCCCACACUGCGUUUUUGCCUCGUUUUUCGGUACUAAUUCCAUAAACGGUAGUCGUUUCUCUUGUAAGUCAUGGACCGUUCAACGAACAUCCGUUCAUUGCCUACCGAUAUCGAGGUCGUACCCGGGGAACGCAUCAGUUCAUUCAUGUCCCCGUUCAACAGCCCGCCGUUGGCAUCCGAAACUGCUUAUCUGUUCAGAGUGUACAUAGUUAGUGCCUUAGUCCUCUCUGCGUAUCGAUUGUUUUUACUAUUGCGCAUCAUACAAGAUUUAGUGUCUAGCGUUUCGUCUGGCCUUAGGAAAGGGAAACAGGGAGAGAGAGAGACAGGAUGUAUGUCAGGAAACAGUUCGAUAAGAGUUGUGAACUGGCUGGCGAUAAAUAGGGGACAAACGAAAAUAAUUACCGUAAGACAGUCCGGGAUGGCAAAAACAAAAUCGUUGAACGAAUGUUUUGUUUUUGUUUCGCAUAAUAUUAGAGUUCGUUUUUUUCUCGUACGAACGAUUAGAAACCCCACGAUUUAGGUAGUGAACAAGAUAAAAGGCCCGAUGUCCGAUUCAUUAGAGAAGAGAACAGCAGCGUUGCUGUUUUUGGGGUUUAUAGAAACAAAAGCAAACGAAAGCAAAACAAUCGCACAGACGAGGGGAGCCCGGUCCUUCGGAGCACCGCGACCACUGUGUAGAGUUUUAAUUUAUUGGAUUUAAGUUAUGGCGUAGUAGAACUGCGACGGCUUUUAUGUUUCGAUUUAUGUCGGGGGCCGUUGAUAUAUAUAUUUUUUUACAUAAAAACGUUGGCCGAAACGCAAAUCGUUGAUUCGAGCGGCGCGAUCGGCUACUCGAUCGGCAACUAGGAUCUAGUAAAUAGUAAGCGAAGGAACAACAACGAAACAACGGCAACAAAGCAUCGGUGUGAUGACAGCGUGAGGCAGGAGAACAUAUGCAUUAGUGGUUUGAAAGAAGACAAAAAAAACAACAACGGGGUGGCCACGUGCCGCCCAGCGGCGAAAUGAUUUGCGAUAUUUGCAUGGAGCACCGGUAAACAUCGGCACGAGAGCGAUACGCGUUCGAUGUGGCGCAGGAAGAAGAGAUUCAGGCGUUUGGUGUAACGAUUACGAUGCAGAUGUAUUUCGUUUAUGUAUUUUGUAAAGUGAACAUCUUA